ACAUCAUCUUGCAGUCUCACACGCAACCUGGCAUACACUUCAGUAUUCACGAUACUAUUCAGAAGGACCAUUCGCAAUAUGGCGAGUUCUUCAAAGCCUCUGAACAAGCGCAAAAUUAGCCACGAUGCGCCAAUAUCUCCACCACCUCUGAAGCGCAAAGUGCAGUCGAUGACCACACAAAAUGCAGUGUCAUCGUUCUUCACGCCAGCUUCAAAAAAGCCACCUGAAAAGAUCCUGUGGCAAGAACGAGCACCAAAUGAUGAUGUCCCAAGCACCCUUUUGAUUGGCAAGUAUACACCAGACGAGUCAACCUCAGGUGCCGUUCCACCUAAAGGAAAGAAAAUUGCUGCCUUUGAUUUUGACUCGACUCUGAUUCAAACAAUGUCUGGCAAGAAGUUUGCAUCAGGUGCCCAAGAUUGGAAGUGGUGGCAUGCUUCUGUGCCGGGAAUGGUUCGGAAGAUGUAUCUCGAGGAUGGGCAAGAUAGAUUCACGAUGGUGGUCGUCAGCAAUCAAGCUGGCCUAACUUUGAAACAUGAUGCAAAGGGUCCCAAAACCCAGCAAUCAAAGGUAGAGUCGUUCAAGACGAAUGUGGCCGCGGUUUUCAACCAGCUGGACAUCCCAAUCAGCAUUUACGCAGCUACGGAAAAGGACAAUUAUCGGAAACCCAGGACUGGCAUGUGGACAGAACUUCUCGAGGACUACGAAAUCCGCCUUGCUGACCUCGACCUCGACAACUCCAUAUUCAUUGGUGAUGCUGCAGGCCGACAAGCAAGUCAAGGCCAAUCGAAGGAUUUUUCAUGUUCAGACCGUAACUUUGCCCAUAACGUGGGCAUAAAGUUUCACACGCCAGAGGAGUUCUUUCUCGGCGAGUCACCCAGACCUUUCACGCGCACAUUCGAGCCGUCGGAGUACGCAUCUCCAACCAUAGUGGGCGCCACAUAUGCAAAGAAGGAUGCGUGCGACCUCGUCCUCUUCUGUGGCAGUCCAGGCGCUGGCAAGUCGACCUUUUAUUGGAAGCACCUUGAGCCUCUUGGGUAUACGCGAGUCAAUCAAGACACACUCAAGUCGCUGGACAAGUGUAUCAGAGUUGCGGACGAUAAUCUGAAGGCAGGAAAAUCUGUCGCUAUCGACAAUACCAAUGCAGAUCCGGACGUACGGAGCAGAUGGGUUCAAUUAGCUGUCAAGCAUAAUGUGCCCAUUCGUUGUGUCGUUUUCACAACAGCAUCUGAGAUUUGCGAACACAAUGAUGCCGUACGAGCAUUGAAUAACAUUAUGAAUCCAGAGAAACGUACAAUCCUUCCCAGCAUAGCAUUCAGGGGCUUUCACUCUCGAUAUCGGCGGCCGCAGUUAAGUGAGGGGUUCCAGGAUAUUACAGAGUGGGCAUUUCAGUUCGUCGGAAGUGAGGUGGAACGUGAGAUUUGGACUCGACAUUGGACCUGAAAAUCCUAAACGAGAAAGAUGUCGUGCAUGACUCCAUGUGCUGUGCAUGUGUUCAUUUAAAUCAAGAAUACAAGCGGAUUGUAUCCAUGUUCGUGUCACACUUUUCACAGCCAGGUGCUGGGCAAUGAAGCGAGAUCCUUCAGGCAAUUCCUGGCUGGUUGUGUAUUCCGGGAAUGUCUCCUACUGCGAGAUUAUGGAUGAAGGUAAGAAUCUUGUUGGAAGCUGCGACACCGUUGUUUAC